AUGGCGGGGGAUAGGGGGAACGGCGGCCAGCCCUUGGCCGGCGGCGGGGUGCUCGCUCACCGGCGGGAUGCCGACUACCUCUUCAGCAGUGAUGCCGCCCACCCGGACACCCGCAGAAUACAUGAGAGCCUCGAUUACUUGGAGGGCAGAGCUACCGUCUUUCACUCCCGUUACCUCUCUGCGUGGGUGAGCACCGGCGUGGCAGCGAAGCCACCAGUGGUUCUGGGCCACUUCGUCCUGCCACCCGCCUGCCUGCAAGAAGAAAUCAGAAGGCAAAUCGGUAGUUUUAUUUGGGAGCAGGCGGACGAUUCCCUUGCAGAACAGCCCAAUCAAAAUCUGAUGGAUGAACCGGAGACGACAAGAAAAGACCGCGAGGAAGAAGCGGAGGAGGACCUGCUCGACCUGGCCGAAAGCAGCGAAGAAGAAACAGGCUCCAGAGCCCAGGAGGAAUUUCCAUGCCGUGCCCUCCAGGAAUACCCGCUGAAUAACAUGGUCACAGGCUACACCUCCGCUCGCGACAUGAAGAAAUACGUCGGAGAGCUCCGCGAUUUCAUUCCCGGCACCUCGGGCUACACGGUGUACUGGGUUGAGGACGAAAUUAACAUUUACUCCGACCUGAAGGCUCGGAUGAAGAGAAAAUUGUAA